AUGGCCAUGAUUGAUGUCUCUCGGCAGAGGAGGUCGCUCCUGAAGGAUGCGGCUGCAUUGGACCAUCUGCCCGCUGAAUUACUUGAAAUCAUCAAGCAUCAGUCGUCGACGAAGCUCUUCGAUGCUGUAUCAGAAGCUGCGCUCAUACCAUCACUUACAGAGAGAAUCUUUGUGCAUUUCGAAGAUGUGUUUUCAGACAUUUGCGCACGAUGGAUUCUCAACGCCGGCAACGGACCACGCCGGUUAUUGAUUGCAUCAGCUAUCGCCAGGAUUUUGCCAUUUGCGCCGUAUCUCUCGACUUUUCUUCAAUGUUCCGGCAGGGCUGGAGAGGGAGCGGCGCAGGGACCUUCGCUUCACUUGGUGCUGCCGACCCUUGAUGGAGCGAAUUUGGGGUUGGAUGCAGAUGCGUUGCUGCAGGCUUUAUUAACAUACUGGAGGCUCUUCAGCUUCGACCUGAGAACUUUCAGCUCAUUAAUUCCACCCGAGUACCUGCAGAGCUUGUUUGCGCAUGAGAGCCGGGCAGUGAGAUAUCUUGCGAUUCGCAUCUUCUGCCAGCUGUUCCACGCCUCCGACUUCAAACUCGAGUCGCUUAUCGAAACACACGUCGGCAAUGCAAAUGCCAUCACUGCCGAUUUCGACGGUGCAUCGGUGGAUUAUGGGUUUCUGUCGCUGCAUGAGCAAGCGCGUGCCAAGAAGAUCAUCGCAUUGCGGCAGCAGGUGAAGCGAUAUGCUCAGGAAUCCGAACAUGAUUGCCAGCCUUUACUCCAGUCUCUCACCCAGCAUGCGGUGUCCUAUGGCAACAUCGUUCUCCCACGACCAUCCGUACCGACUGGAGGCCCAUCGGACCUUGUCGUGACGGCCACAACUACUAAUAAUCUCGAACGGCUCGCUGCCAUGAUUCGCAAUCCCGAACCUAUCCUUCUUCAUGGUCUGCCGGGUGUUGGAAAGACGGCGCUGGUCCACGAAAUGGCCAAGCAACUCGGCAUGUACUCCAGCAUGGUUACGCUGCACUUGAACGAGCAAACAGACGCAAAGAUGCUCAUAGGCCUGUACUCGACGGACUCCAAACCGGGCAGCUUUUCGUGGCGUCCAGGUGUACUAACCACAGCCAUCAAGGAAGGCAGAUGGGUAUUAGUAGAAGAUCUCGACCGAGCCCCUACCGAAGUUCUCAGCACUUUCCUUCCUCUCAUUGAGCGAAACGAACUAUUGAUCCCGAGCCGAGGAGAGAGGAUAAAAGCUGCUAAUAGCUUCCGCCUUUUUGCGACUGUGAGGACAUCAAUGGGUAUGAACGGACGCGAAAAUCUGCCUAGCAUUGUCGGCAUGCGAUUCUGGCAAUCCCUGUAUACAGAGCCCAUGGUUCAACCAGAGUUGGAGGAGGUGGUUCUGCAGACGCAUCCUAUUCUGCAAAAGUUUCUUCCCGGAAUAAUCGCUGUCUAUGGUCGGCUGGCUCAAGUCAGCAGCGGAUCUCGAUCAUUUUCCCGCGGACGAGCACUUAUGGAUCGACAGAUGAAUCUCAGGGAUUUGUUGAAAUGGUGUCGGCGACUGCAGGAGUGCCUGCUAGCUGCGGGUUCGACGACUGGAGACGAACCAAUAACCGAGACCACGCGAGACUGGAUGUUCAUGGAGGCGGUCGACUGUUUUGUGGGAAGCUGUCCGGAUGAUGAGCUUGGCAGACAACUCAUAUAUGCCAUUGCGGAAGAGAUGCAUUUGUCCAAAGAACGGGCAGACCAUUAUUUGACUGCCAAUAUACCCCCUUUGGAAGAGAAUGAUGUUCAAUUCAGCAUUGGACGAGUCCAGUUGCGGAAAAAGAAGACUGUGAACCGGCUGCAAAAGUCAAAACGACCAUUUGCAAGCACUUCGCAUGCCAAGAAGCUCUUGGAACAGAUCGCUGUAGCAGUCAAGCUCAACGAACCGGUGCUUCUUGUCGGAGAGACUGGUAUAGGAAAAACAACAGUCGUUCAGCAGUUGGCUGAGUCGCUUGGUCAUAAGCUUAUCGCGGUCAAUCUUUCACAGCAGAGCGAGGUGGGCGACCUUUUGGGUGGCUUCAAGCCCGUCAACGUCCGAAGUCUUGCGGUGCCCCUGAAAGAGGAAUUCGAAGAUCUGUUUUCGGCAACGGGAAUAUCUGCAUCCAAGAAUCAAAAGUAUCUAGAGCAGGUCGGAAAAUGCCUUGCCAAAGGACAGUGGUCAAGACUAUCCAAACUGUGGAGGGAAGCCCCCAAAAUGUUUCUCAAAAUUGUGUCUGAGUUGGAGCGGGCUCACUCAGAGAAGGCUGAGGCGAGAAACGGAGAUGAUUCCCAACCCACAAAGAGACGGAAGACCCAGUCUAAGCUGCAAACGCUGCUGGAACUCAAGCCUAGAUGGGAUCAGUUUGCCCGCACUCUCGAGCAAUUUGAUAUACAAAUCUCAGGUGGAAACGCCUUCGCAUUCUCAUUUGUGGAAGGAAAUUUGGUAAAGGCCGUCAGAAAUGGCGACUGGGUUCUUUUGGACGAAAUUAACCUGGCCUCUCCAGACACCCUUGAGAGCAUUACAGAUCUCUUGACCGGACCUAACGAGAGGCCAUCCAUCCUUCUCUCUGAAACGGGAGAGAUUGAAAAGAUUGUGGCGCACCCAAACUUUCGCAUAUUUGGUGCAAUGAAUCCCGCGACCGAUAUUGGAAAAAGAGAUUUGCCUAUUGGUAUCCGAUCGAGGUUCACUGAACUUUAUGUGAAAAGCCCCGAUAAAGACUUGAAGGAUCUCCUCACUAUUAUCAAGACAUACUUGGGCAAUGGCAGCAACAAGAACGGCCAAGCGGGAGACGAUAUCGCACGCCUGUAUCUCAACACGAAGCGAAUGGCAGAGGAGAAGCGUUUGGUAGACGGAGCGAAUGAAGUUCCUCACUUCAGUCUCCGUACGCUAACUCGAGUGCUGAGCUAUGUCAACACGAUAGCUCCCUUUUAUGGUUUAAGACGAGCAAUGUAUGAGGGAUUCUCCAUGGGUUUCUUGACAUUACUGGACCGAAACUCUGAGAAGAUGCUUCUGCCGCUAAUCUAUCACCACCUUUUGGACAAGCAUGGAAAUCCGCAGUCAUUACUUUCUCAGCCUCCAAAGCAUCCGGGUGACGGCAGGCAGUAUGUCAAGUUUCAAAACCAGAGCCGGGAUCGACAAUACUGGCUCUUUCAAGGCGAGCAGACACCUAUCGAGAGAGAUGAUUACAUCAUUACUCCUUAUGUGGAGAGAAAUCUUCUCAAUCUUGUCCGAGCGACAUCCACCAGGCGUUUCCCUAUCCUGAUCCAAGGACCUACAUCGGCUGGUAAAACAAGUAUGAUUGAAUAUUUGGCAAAUUUUACCGGAAACAGAUUCGUCCGAAUCAACAACCACGAGCAUACCGAUCUUCAAGAAUAUCUGGGCACUUACAUCUCGGGGGCAGAUGGGAAAUUACGCUUUCAGGAGGGUCUUCUCGUCCAGGCCAUGCGACAGGGACACUGGAUCGUUCUUGAUGAGUUGAACUUGGCACCGACUGAUGUACUCGAGGCUCUCAAUCGUCUACUUGAUGAUAACCGUGAGCUGUUAAUUCCUGAGACCCAGGAGGUUGUUAAGCCUCACGAAAACUUCAUUCUCUUUGCCACCCAGAAUCCUCCUGGUCUUUAUGGAGGCAGAAAAGUGCUAUCUAGGGCGUUCCGAAAUCGAUUCCUCGAACUUCAUUUCGACGACAUUCCUGAAGAUGAAUUGGAAUACAUUCUUCAGCAGCGAAGCCGCAAUACCUCACCUCCCGACUGCAGGCGUAUCGUCAAUGUCUACAAGGAACUAUCACGACUCCGUCAAACUAGCAGACUUUUUGAGCAAAAAGACAGCUUCGCCACUCUUCGAGAUCUAUUUCGAUGGGCUCUCAGAAGUGCAGACACGCGCGAAGAGAUUGCUGCACAUGGUUUCAUGCUUUUGGCCGAAAGAGUUCGCAACGAGGAGGAACGAACAGCCGUCAAGGAGGUUAUUGAAAAAGUGUUCAAAGUUAGCCUUAAUUCCCAGGACCUUUACUCUGCAGAACUGGCACCAGAACUGAAGCACAUUGCUCAUCGGGCUAAUGCGCAAGGUGUUGUUUGGACUCACGCAAUCAGGAGGUUGUAUGUGCUGGUGUCUCGAGCGUUACAGAAUAACGAGCCGGUUCUUUUGGUUGGUGAAACUGGUUGCGGCAAGACAACAGUUGUCCAGCUGCUCGCAGAGAUUCUGGGCAGACAAUUGCAUAUUGUGAAUGCUCACCAGAAUACGGAGACUGGAGAUAUCAUUGGUUCUCAGCGUCCUAUCCGAAACAGGGGCGCCAUCAUUGAGGCACUAGACGCUGAUGUCACUGAGGUCUUGAGACACUGCAAUGUUGAUGUAUCUGGGACGGCGGCAGAUAGGCUGCACAGAUACAAAUCCCUCGAUAAAGCAUUUCUUGAUGGCAUCCCCGAGCAGACAAAGGAGAGGAUUGCGUCGAACGAGACCAGGAGCAUGGCCUUGUUUGAGUGGUCCGAUGGUGCUCUCGUUGAGGCCAUGCGAGGCGGUCACUUCUUUCUCCUCGACGAGAUCUCAUUGGCCGACGAUUCGGUUCUGGAACGACUCAAUUCCGUCCUUGAGCCUCAGCGAACGCUUCUGUUAGCUGAAAAGGGAGUGGAUAAUUCAUUUGUCGUUGGCGCAGACGGCUAUCAGUUCUUUGCCACCAUGAAUCCCGGAGGUGACUUUGGCAAGAAAGAGCUUUCCCCGGCUUUACGAAACCGAUUUACCGAAAUCUGGGUUCCCCCGUUGUCAGAGAGCGAUGAUAUCUACGACAUUACUCGGACGAAGUUGACCGAGGCCGCAAAGAGCUAUGCUGAAGCUGUGGUGCGAUUUGCGGCUUGGUUUGGCGCUACGUUUCGACCGAUGGCCACUGCUCCAUUCUCAGUGAGAGAGGUUCUCGCCUGGGUUCAAUUCAUCAAUGCAUCGGCAGAUCAGGAUGUCGUGCUAUCAAUAGUUCAUGGAGCCGCUGCUAUCUUUAUUGAUAGCCUGGGUGCCAACCCAUCCGCUAUCUUGGCAACAGACAUUAACGCGAUCCACCGCCAACGGGUGGACUGUUUAACCAAGCUGGGGCAACUUCUUGGCCGGGAUGUUUCUGCUACCUACCAGACUCAGCCUGAACUCGACGUCACGGAAUCUCACUUAACCAUUGGAGGAUUCAGUGCAGUUCGGACGGCAGACGCUUCUAAUCCUUCAAGUUUUGCCUUCCAUGCGCCAACUACUCGUCUAAACGCCAUGAGAGUGAUACGAGCGAUGCAAACCCAAAAGCCCAUCUUGUUAGAAGGCAGCCCUGGUGUUGGUAAAACGUCUCUGGUGGUUGCCUUGGCGCAAGCCUGCGGCCGGCCGCUGACCAGAAUCAACCUGUCAGACCAAACCGAUCUAAUGGAUCUGUUUGGAACGGAUGUCCCAGUUGAGGGAGAAGAAGCAGGUAACUUUGCAUGGAGAGAUGCGCCAUUCCUCCAAGCAAUGCAAAAGGGCGAAUGGGUUCUUCUCGAUGAGAUGAACCUUGCUUCUCAGUCUGUAUUGGAGGGUUUGAACGCCUGCUUGGAUCAUCGUGGUGAAGUAUACAUCUCUGAACUCGAUCAAGUGUUCAAGCGCCAUCCAAACUUCCGUCUCUUUGCAGCUCAGAAUCCCCACCACCAGGGUGGCGGCCGUAAGGGACUUCCCGCUUCAUUCGUCAACCGGUUCGUCGUUGUAUACGCCGAUGUCUUCAAAGAUGAUGAUCUCAAAUUGAUCGCCAGCCACAGCUUCCCGCAGCUGUCCGCUGAGAUCAUCAGUUUGCUGAUCCAAUUUGUAACGCAGAUUGAGCACCAUAUUAUGGUCGAAAAGACUUUUGGCGCGCAAGGUAGUCCGUGGGAGUUCAACCUCCGAGAUGUCCUCAGAUGGCUCAACCUACUGAGCUCGCCCGACCCGCUCCUGAAGACUCGUCAUGUGGAAGACUUCCUUGACAUCGUAAUUAGACAGCGUUUCCGCACUGAAGCCGACCGUGCUGAAGUAGACAAGAUUUUCCGGCACGUUAUUAGCUGGCAACCACGCUCUCGCCACUUCUACCAUGAUCUCGGGUCUCGAUUUGGCCAAGUUGGUCUUGCUUUACUAGACAGGAACUUGAACUCCCAGCCAGAGAGGCUUCCUAGUAUUGACAUUGUACCAAGGCUCCCGGAGCUCGAAUCCAUCAUGCUCUGUGUGAAGCAGAAUAUCCCUUGUAUUCUCAGCAGCCCUUCAGGAUAUGGCAAGUCUGUGCUGUUGAAAUAUGUUGCAGCACUCGCCGGAAAGCCCCUAGUCGUGUUCCCCAUGAAUGCAGACAUUGAUACUAUGGAUUUGGUUGGUGGCUUUGAACAAGCGGAUCCUCUGAGAGAGAUCAAUGCCACUCUCCGGAACCUGAGAGAUUUCCUUCAGGAUUCAGUCAUGUCAGUUGUUCCUGCACAGGCCACGAGUGAAGUGCUGCAGCUGCUUCAUCAGCUCGACAACUAUAAUGGCGAUAGUGACAGCAUCGUUACUAUUCGAACCACGAUAGAGACUUUGCUGCAGCAGAUUGCUGCCGGUUCUGAAGUGUCCAUCUCGCUUUCUCGUGCUCUGGAGAUUCUUCGCAGCCCUUUAGUGCUCUCAAAUCCUCGAUUCGAGUGGUUAGAUGGUGUGAUUGUCAAGGCUUUGGAGACUGGCCAGUGGCUGGUGUUGGACAACGCCAACAUGUGCAAUGCUUCCGUUUUGGAUCGAUUGAACUCUUUGCUUGAACCCAAUGGAUUCCUCAGCAUCAAUGAGCACUGCGGCCCUGGAGGAGAACCUAGGAUUGUCAAGCCUCAUCCUGAGUUCCGAAUUUUCUUGACCAUGGAUCCCCGCCAUGGUGAGCUUUCUCGUGCCAUGAGGAACCGUGCCAUAGAGAUUCACAUCUACACUCCACCGCCGGUCCUGGAUGCUUGCCUUGCUAGGAUGUCGCAUGUUGAGAGCUCUCUCCAACGAUACCUCAAAUCCAUAGAAUAUUCGGAGUCACUACUAUCUGAAGGUGCCGACCCGGAAGCCAGUCUGGUUUCUCUGGAGAACCUUUCUAUCCAGGACGUUACUCUUCUCCCAAGAUUCGUCAGUUCCAGGACAACUGAACGCACCACAUACUUGAACCUCGUACAAGGAUUUUUGACGCUUCUACAGUCGCCACUUGGAUCGCGGUUACAAUUAUCUCUCAAAGAGUUGUAUUCAACCUUGGCUGGUGCUGCCUCAGAUGCACUGGCAAAUGCACAGCCACUCCAUCCUCUCAACAAUAUUACUGUCAGCAAUAUGCUUCCCUCGGUCGACUUGGCUAGGUGGAAUGCGGCUCGUUAUGAUACAUACCGACACUUGUAUCACAUCCAAAGCAUUCUUGACUCGCAGCAAACGCAAGCUCGCUCGGCAAAGUUGAUCUCUCUAAAUAGACUACAGAGAUCUCUCAUCAGUGGUCGUGUGGCAGCUGUGUCGAAGGACUCUACUGUGAAGUUGGCUACGUUUGUCUCUUCAAUUUUGACUGCUAUGACUGAGUUUUUCGGCCUCGAAAUGCUGUCUCAUGAUACUUGGGAGGUAAGUUAUGCGCUAUGCUUCAAGGUCGAACGAGUUGUUAAUGCAUUAUACCAGGGUACUCAGUUCAUUAGAGCUAUUCGAUACUACAUGGACCGCACAAUUGCUCUUGCGACAAAGGGUGAUUUUGACGAGGCAGUUUUCCAGGCCCAUUUGGCACAGGGUACAGCGCUCCUAGGGAAACAGAUCCUGGCUGCGAAAUCCGAUAAUAACCGUCAGCUUUCCACCUACAUACUGGGAAGAUUGGAGGACGACUUUGAUGGCGGAUUCAAACUGAGCACCGGUUUGAGUAUGGAAUCGCUCUGGAACCUGAUGAGACCAAUCCCUAUUCCUGAUAAGUCAGUUCUUGAUCGGUCUGUUGAACUUGACCGACUGGGCGCCAGAUUUGAUAACCUACGAUGGAAAGCUGGAGCCUCUGUUGUUGAUUUGUCGAAAGCUCAGCAGACUCUUGAGCAAGCUUACAAAAUCAUCAGAGACGGCGUUGUUGCAACGGAUGGAUUGGUCAAAGAUCUCAUCACGGGAAUCGAGUCUCUGGAGAGCCGUAUUGCUGACGAAGAAGUCGAACUGUUGCCAUUUUUGGCGAAUGAAUUCGAGUCCCUGAGGCAAUUUGACGUUCUUCGAUCUGUUUCGCCCAAUAUUAUUUGGGAGAGCGGAUUCCGAGAUCUCUCCAUUUUGUCAAAUGUCCCAACCAAAACAAGAUUAUCGCUUGUGAGUGCCACUAGAGAAGCGGCACUUUUACAGUCAAUGGAUUGUUUAGUCCACCAGGAUCAAUUCCCAUGGGAUGGAACGUUUACACCCAUCUUGUGGUCAAAACUGCAGUCUAUGGGUGGAGUUAGUCUUGGAUCUCUGGCAUUGCUUGAUGUGGAGUUGCCGGCUAUGGGACGACAUAUCGCUUCGCUGUCUGCUGAAGUAGCUGCCGACCCGUUACCAAAGCUGAACAAUAUUCUUCAGCAGCUGAUUUUCGAAGUAUUUGGUGCUCAUUCAGCGAGCCUUAAGGAAGCUGCAAUUCACGCCUAUCUCAGCGCAGAGGAACAGGCCAAGGCCAACGGCGAUAUGGCUGUUAAUCUCUUUGAUAACUUCCUGAGAACUAUUGAGCCUCUCCAUCUCCAGCAGGUAGCCGAGCAACAUCUGGUUCCGGCUAUGGCUUCUCUGCUAGAGAAGAAAAACCAUGGUCGACACACAUAUUUGUCUGCACUGGCAUGGACUCACUUCAGCGUUGGCGUCCUCAAGCUCUACGUUCCUGACCGCGUCUUUGAUCCUCAGCUACGCCCAAAGAUGGAAAGAGAAUUCUUUGAGGAGCUUCAGAAUGGCAUUUCUGACAAGAUAUCUUCACUUGUUGCCUUUGAAAGCAAGUUUACUGGACAGAAGACAAAUGAGCGUAUUGAACUGCUCAGCCAAGAGCUUUCCAACAUGGGCCCGUUGCCUGAAGAGGUUCAGCCAGUGUUCCGACCAGAGCAGUCAGAGCUUAGCCGACUGCAUGCAGAAUUUUCCAACAUCUUGAAGGCGAUCACAAGCCCAGCUCUUCGAGCGGCGCUGGAGUUGUCUGACAAUAUCAACUCUUCAGUCGACAGGGAAGGAUUGGCAUUGGUAAAGGAAAAUGUCAAGAGGCUCCAAGAUCGACUUACAGCUCGAUUUGAAGCAUACCAGGAUAUGACCAGGCCCGCUGCAAACCUUUUGCAGUGCCUGCGCGUCGGCCUGUCGCUAUAUGAUGCAGCCGCAGCUUCAUCGCUGACAUCGCCUACAUACCAGCUUCUAGAUAUGACGCCGUUCUUCGGAGGCUCGACCUGGGAUGUUACCAUGCAGUCCUCUUUUGAGAAGAACUUUGAAUUCCUCAGCCUUGUCCGAGUUGCUGUGAAUGUUGAAGGAAGCGAAAGUUUCCGACCAGGCAUACGGGAGGCUAUUUUCGAAUGCUUCCACGGGUUUUACGACGAGUGGAGCAAGAAACUUGAAGCAGACCGAAAGGCAGAAGAGACAAAAGGCAGCAUCUACCAGUUCCGCGGUUCCUUGGAAGAUGAGGAGGAAAUCGAUGAACAGGAGUUUAACGAGCUGUUCCCGACGUAUGAUGCCGACAAGGAGACUGUCAGUUUAGGGAACAAGAAGGAUGCUGUUCGCAACAUGUCUCUCAGGGUUGCCGAAGCUCACAGAAAGAUCUUCUUGGACAGAGAGGAUGCUCAAGCCUCGAUUCAAAACUUGAGCAGAGAGGUGGGCAACAGGGUUGCGAAUGAAACCAAAAAUCAGGCAUACCUUGAUCGUGAGCUGAACAACAGAAUGCUUGUAAGCACAACGCUCCUCCUUGACGACAAGCUCAAUGGGCUGCAAACGUCCGAGAAGGACAAGUCGUACAGCUUCUAUACUAGCCCCAACUUGCCCGAAGCCCGACAGCUUGUGAUUCUCAUUGGCAAGAUUAAGGCUAGAUUCCGCGAACUGCAGCUUGUCGAUGAGAUUGGCCACAUGCAGCCGCUAGCAGACGUCAUUCAGAGCUGCAACAACGUGCUUGAGCUCAUCCAUGAAGAUCCCCUAGCCAAGAUCUUACCAAAGGUAGAGCAUCUGCACGCGCACGUUUAUGAAUGGCAAUUCGGCGGGUGGGCGAGCAAGGUGUAUGCUGUUCUGUCGCUCUACAACGCGCUGACAGAUACUAUUGUUCGUUGGCGACGAUUGGAGCUGUCAACAUGGGCCAAUUUAUUCGAAACGGAACAAACAGAAUGCCAAGAGGACGCUUAUUCAUGGUGGUUUAUUGCCUACCAAGUUGUCGUUGCUGUUCCCCUCUCCAUGGUUGAUUCUCCUGCUGAACUGCAAGAGUAUACUGUUUCGCUUAUCCAGAGCUUGGAGACGUACUUUUUGACUUCCAUCGUUGGGCAAUUCGCAACUCGUUUGUCGCUUUUGCGACAACUGCAGAGCCAUCUCCAACUUCUCAUCCAAGACUACCCCAGCCUGACAGUCAUCUACCACGCUCUAACAAAUUUCGUCUUCUACUUUGCCCGUUACGAGAAGGCUGCUGAGGCUGCUAUCCAGAAGGGCCGGGCCUCACUCGAUAAGAAAAUGAAGGAUGUUCUUCUCAUGGCCAGCUGGAAAGAUACCAACAUUAACGCUCUCCGGGAUAGCGCCAAGAGAUCUCAUCAGAAGCUUUUCAGAAUCGUUCGAAAAUUCCGUGGCAUUUUGGGCGCGGAAAUGAAAAUGGUUAUUGAGCAGGGUCUUCCUGACCAGACGACAUCUCAACAAGCAGCUGUGGCAGGCCAAGUUGGCGAAAUCGACGUCCCUGAUGCCGCUGUUGAGUCGCUAAAUGGAGCACUGCCUGGCUGGCUUGAAAAGCACAAACGUCUUGGUAACGUAGUGAAGACGGUAUCUGUGAUGCAGAAAAUCGCAGCCAGCCCUGAAGUCACCAGCUCUGUUCCCCAGUCUUUGGACGCAUAUCUUGCUAGCUUGGAAGAGUCAAUGGCAGAGCUGAAGAAAGAAACCCCGUCAACUCUGACCGACGAGAAUAAAGAGCAGAUCAAACACAUGAAGACUAGGAAGCGCAAGCUAUUUGCCGACACACUACGAGACCUCCGCGGCAUGGGUCUACGGCACAAUCUUGGCCAAGAUAAGUUGGCUGAGCAAGAAUCGUUGUCUGUUGUGCUUGCCUCUACUGCGCCCUUGGUUUUUUCUGAUUCCGGCAUCUUGGGCGAAGCAGAGUAUUAUUUCCACAAGACGCUAGAUCUCGCUCCAAAGGCCCGAAACGCGGCUCGAGAGCAUUCCGAGGAUUUGACUGGCUCUGAGGUCGCGCGAAGCAUUGGCUUCGUGGAAGGGUUUAUUCACUUCGCCCUGUCUCAACGAAACAGCCUCGCGAGCAUCAUGUCUGCUUUUGAAUCACUAAAAAAGGCGAUAUUCCAGUUCCAAGACCUGGGUAAAUUCCAAAGCUUGGGUGGUCUAUCUCGAAGCCAUGGAAUCACCGAUUUGCCCCGUUUCCUCCCAUGGACCGUGCAAGGACUGAAAUUCGCCAUCCAUCUGCUAGGCGUUCACGGCAAACUGGGCAAGCUUGAUCACAGUGCAUUGGUUCAAAAGCUGCAGACGUGGUUGGUUACCGUUGAGAAUCACGCAAAGAGACUGGGCGAAUUGGCCAACCUUCCUGCACUGCUGACGUCCGAUGUCCAUACUAAGCUACACGAGGAUGUGACUAGAGAUUUAACCGAGCUGCAAUCAACUGUUAGCGAGGCUAUUCAGAGCAACCCUGGUGUUGGCUUCAUUCUUCAGCAACUUCGUGUCUGGAGCCAUACGACCAAUGAUCCCAUGGAAGCUCGAGGCCAUGCAAUGGAUCUUUUGGGCUUUGCAGAAUCAGUUUCCACUCUGUGUGACACCGUUUUGGUGGCUGUUGAGAAUGCAAAGAAAGCCGGAGCAGAGAUUCCAAGGAAAGAGGAUGAGGCCGCCUGGUUGAAGAAGCAUAGCGACGCUUAUCUCUCCAUGAUUCAUCAGCUUCGCAUGAAGAACGUUGAGAAGACGAUUGAGCAAUGCAUUCGCGCCUUGCAGAAAAUCGAUCUAGGACAGCCACUGGUAAGCAUGGCUGCAAUGAGUGCCAUUACCGUCGCAUCGCCAAUCUUGAGUCAAUUCGCGGCAUUGUGUGAACAAUCGAUUACGGCCGGUCUAGAUAUUCAUCGCGCUACCGUUAAGAUUGGAUAUGGCAUGACAAAAGCUUUCACGCAAAUCGCUUCACAGGGAUUCUGCACUCCGCAAGAGAAAUCGGACGAGAAAUCAGGUGCCGAGGGCAAGUUGGAAUCUGGCACUGGUCUUGGCGAUGGUGAAGGCGCUGAAGAUAUCAGCAAAGAUAUUCAGGCCGACGAGGACCUUUCUGAGCUUGCACAAGAGGCGAAUAAGGAGAAGACUGGCGAGAUGGAAGAUGAAAAGGACGCAGUCGACAUGGCAGACGAGGAAUUGGAAGGAGACAUGAACAGCGUGGAUGGCGCGGAGGAAGAAGACGAAGACAAGUCUCAGAAGGGAGAUGAGGAAGAGGAAGAGGAUGCUAUGGAUGAGGAGGCCGGUGACGUGGAUGACCUUGAUCCCACUGCCGUCGAUGAAAAGAUGUGGGAUGGCGAUGAUGAAAAGGCUGAGAAAGACCAAGAGGGUGAUAAAGCAAAGGGCCAGAAGCAGGAGGAUGAGCAAAUGGCGACUGAAGGAGAAGCGAAACCGGAAGAUGGGGACCAGGACCAGGACCAAGAUCAAGAUCAAAAGCCUGAUGGCGAAGAACCCGAAGAGCCUGAGGCUGAGGACGUAGGGGCAGAGGAGGAAGACGUGCAGGCCAAGGAGGAGCUGAACCGCCAAGACCAAACAGUGGAAGAGAACGACGCACUGGAGCUUCCUGAAGACUUGGACAUGAAUCUCGACGAAAACGACGCAGAGGGCUCAGAUGAGGAUGACUUGGAUCUCAUGUCGGACAUUGAAGAAGACAAAGAACAAGAAGAGCAACCUAAAGACGCGGAGGCAGUUGAUGAUGAGGAGAUGGAUGAGGACGCAAAGCAACAGGUAGAGCCAGAGACUGCGGUUGAGGAUGAGGUGAGCGAGGCGGAAGAGAUUGAAGAGAACGUCGGCGUGGACGAGAUUCAAGAAGAAGCAGAGCCCGAGCAGGAGGAAGAGAAGAAGGAUGAAGAACAGCCAGAUGAGAGCCAUCCAGACCAGACGCCUAAUCAGCAAGAGGAGACCAAAGCAGACAAGGAGAAUGCGGCACCCAGCGAUGUCAAGAGUUCUGGAAUCGACCAAAACGCAGAUUCCAUGGACGUGGAUGACGAAUUCCAAGCCAAGGCAGCUCAGCAAGAUGAAGGCGACAUGGGAGACGGCGCGGCGGACCAGGAUACGAGCGCUGGCAACAAGGGAGCUACAUCACGGUCGAAGGAGGCGGUAGAUAAGCCCGAAGAGGGCGAUGCUCAAGAAGAGGCUCGCAGUGACCCGUUCAAGAAACUGGGCGACGCACUGGAGAAAUGGCACCGCCAACAGCUUGACAUUAAGGAUGCCAACCCCGAAGAAGACGAGCAGAAGCACGGGCCAGAAGCCGAGGAGCAAGGCCAGCGCGAAUUCCAACACCUAAAGGAUGACGAAGCAGCUGAGGACACUCAGGCUCUCGGCACGGCGGACAACGAAGAGGCACAGCCCCUGGAUGAGUCUAUGGCAAUUGACGAGGAGAAGCAAGACCCAACCAGCCACGUCAUGGACGGAGAUGAAGACGAGAAGGAGGAUGCAGAGCUUGACAAGAUGGACCUCGGUGAGCCAGCAGAGGACGACAAAGAAGCGGGCAUGAAUGACGUGGAUGACAGUCGCACUGGCGUGAAGACAAGACAAGGUGCCUACAACAAGGAGCCUACACCUGAAGAAGAGGAAGAAGAGGACCAGAAGCUCAAGGUCGAAGAGGAAGAGGAAGACGUCCAAGACGCAUCCGCCCAACUCUCGACAACUCACCUUUGGGAGGACCAACGGCCUUUGCGCGACUUUCCCCAGUGCCUUGAGCAGUGGACCGAACUUCAGACCAAGUCCCACAGCCUGUCGCUGUCGCUAACAUCCCAGCUGCGACUGAUUCUCACGCCCUCGCAGUCCACCAAGCUGUCGGGAUCGUUCCGCACCGGAAAGCGACUCAACAUCAAGCGCAUCAUCCCUUACAUUGCGUCGAGCUACAAGCGGGACAAGAUCUGGAUGCGGCGCAGCAUCCCGACCAAGCGGACGUACCAGAUCAUGCUGUGCGUGGACGACAGCAAGAGCAUGGGCGAGUCGUCGUCUGGCGCGCUGGCAAUGGAGUCGUUGGUCAUGGUGUCGCGAUCCCUGACGAUGCUCGAGGCCGGCCAGGUGGGCGUGCUGGGCUUCGGCGCCGACGUCUUCACGGCGCACCAGCUGACGGAUCCCUUUGCUUCGGACGCGGGCGCCAAGGUCCUGCAGCGGUUCUCGUUUGGCCAAGACAGGACGGACAUUGCGCUGCUGAUCCGGCAGACGAUUGACACGUUCCGCACGGCUCGACAGCGGUCGGGCGGAGGAUCGGACCUGUGGCAGCUCGCGCUGAUCCUCUCGGACGGCCUGACGCCGUCGUCGGCCCACGAUUCCAUCCGGCGGCUGCUACGAGAGGCCAUGGAGGAGCGCAUCAUGAUUGUCUUCAUCAUCAUGGACGACACGGGCAAGAAGAAGGGCGACAGCGUGCUGGAGCUCAAGGAGGCCAAGUUUGUCAGCGAGGGGGGCGAGAGCCGGGUCGUGAUUGAGCGGUACCUGGACACGUUCCCCUUCCAGUACUACCUGAUUGUGCAUAAUCUGGAGGAGCUGCCGAGCGCGCUGGCGGGACUGCUGCGGACGUGGUUUGCAGAAGUGGCAUCGUGA